AUGCUGGAUCCGUGGGAUGCAGCUUUCCAGCACGAGCUGCAGUUGCAGCGCGAGCGUGAAGAGGUGGCGGCUCUUGACCGCGAGCCCACCGAGGAUGAGUCAGAUUCAAUUCCAAGUACGCAGUACUCAGAGUACUGGUGGAGCGAAGAUUUGCUUUUAGCUCUUGCGUCGGCUGGUGUAGGCUUGCCCAUGCUGGACACAGUGGGUGUUGUGAGCUGUUGCACUGGAUGCUGCGCUGAAGGUGAGGUCAUGAAGGCUUUGCAGAUCCCGUAUGAGAUUUUCUCUGCUUCAGAGACAGAAGCAUCUUUCCGGGAGUUUGUGUCAGCCAACCAGGGUUCAGCUGUGCACUGCAUGCACGACAGCCUGCAGAGCCAGCUCGCAGCUGCGCCGAACAUUCCCGCAGGCAAGGCAGUGCGCCUUCUCAUGGCCGGCAGUCCGUGCGAUCCUUUCAGCGUCGUGAGACCGAAGAGGUUCCAGGAAGGCUCCGUGGACUCUCAUGGCCUCACACAGGUGACUAUGCAGUACAUUGUUCGUGCACUCCUGGCUUUCAGACCUCACGUCAGCAUCCUAGAACAAGUAGAGGGCUUUGUGAAGCCCAUCUCAGAGCACGAUCCGUCGACUCCGCUGGACAGGCCAGAACAGUAG